AUAAGUUUUUUGGUUUUGUUUUUUCCCGGAACUUGGAAAACUGAUUAUAAAAUUUGCUUGAAAAGCAAAGUUCAAGAAUACACAGGAUGUUCCUGAAGAAAAAAAUAAGGUGUGACUUGCUCUAUUAGAUGCUAAACCUUUAAUAAAGCUUGAAUGAUGGCACAGAGAUAGGCAAACUGAUCCAGUGGAACGGGCUAGAGAAGCAGACUCAGGGACAUAUGGAGACUUGACAGAUGAUGUAGCCGUUAAAGGGAAAGGAUGCACUAUUCAGUAAAUUGGUUUCCACAGUGAGGAGUGAGGCAAAGUAAUUGGAUCCUACCUGUCAGGCACAAAAAUUCUAUAUGAAUCAAGGCUUAAAAAUGAAAAAUAAAACCUUCAAACUUUUUUUUAAUGGUUUCAGGAUAGAAGAUACAGAAAGCAGUCACAAAUAUUUAUUAACACUCACCCAAUAUAUAAAAAGUUACAAAUCAAUAAGAAACACAUAACCCGAUUGAAAAAUGAGCAGGAAACUCAAAUAGAUAUUUUAAGAUAAAGGAAAUGCAAAUGGCCAAUAAGCAUAACAAGAGCUUAAUCUUAUGCAUGAUUGGAGAAAUACAAAAGAAGACCCUAAAGAAAUAUCAUUUUACACCUCUGAGAGUGGCAAAAUUAAGAAAUCUGACUAUACCAACUGAUGAUGAGUACAUUGAACAAUGGAAACUCAUUCUGUUGGUGGGAAUAUAAAUUGGAAACCAAUUUGGCCUUAUUACAUCUAGCCUAUUACCAAACAACUUCACACCCAGGUCCUCUGUAAAAACUUUGGCAUAUACGCAGAUUAGAAUAUUCAUAGUAGCAUUGUUUAUAUAGGGUGUAGUCUGAAAACAACCCACAAGUCCACAGACAAGAAAAUAAACUAAUAAAUUGUGGAAUAGAGACACAUGGGGUAUUAUGCAGCAGUGAAAAUGAAAGAACUUUGGUUAGGUAUAAUCAUCUAGAUUCUCUUAGUGACAAUGUUAAGUAAAAAAGUGGGUGACAGAAAACUACAUAGAAUAUGGUACAAUUUUUUGUACUAUGCCAACACAAAACCUAGAAGGGUUGUUUAUGGGCACAUAUAUGUGGUAAGAAAACUUAGAAAAUGGGAGGGUCCAAUGAUUCACACAGAAUUUAAGGUAAGUUUUUAAAAAACCUCUGAGUACAAAAUGAGGGUGUGAGUGGGAUGGAAAGGACUUCCGGAGAAGAUUCAAUGGGUUUUGGUAAAAUUCUACUUCGCAAAUUAAGAUGUGUGUUCUUCACAUUUCAUAACUUACAUGUUCUUUCACCAUUUUAUUAAAAUAUUCUGAAAAAUUUUAAAUUACAAAAAGCAACUGGAAAGCGCCACGCCUCAUUUGUAUUAGCCACAAAUUGCCGCCUAAAACGCACUCUGCGUCAGCAGCCUCACGUAGUUCGUCGUCUGAAGGGGCGGAGCCCUGGGACCACUGUAAGCAUGCGCCUUCCAGCCAGCCAAUCAGCAACGCUCCUGGGAGGCGAGGCUGCAUUUUCUCCCGCCGGAAUUUGGAGUUACCUCAGAGGAGUGUCGCGGCGGCGAAGUGGACACUUAAGAAAACAUUGAAAAAUGGUGCCCUCUGGAAGAAAAUAUUCCGGGAAGUCUGCGAAACCAUCUGUGGGGGAUCAGGCUAUAAGAGCCUAUGAAUUUGAGCAAGAAGACAAAAAAGAUCUGAGUGGUUCAGAGGAGGAUGCUGUUGAAGAGAAGACCCCAAUACUUGAGAAACAUGGGAGGAAAAGGACUUCUGCAGUAGUUGAAGAUAUGGGGGGUGAAGUACAGAAUAUGCUGGAAAGAUUUGGAGCUGAUAUUAACAAGUCUCUUCUUGCUAAGAGAAAGAGACUAGAAAUGUAUACCAAGGCUUCUCUCAAAACCAGUAACCAGAAACUUGAAAAUGUUUGGAAAACCCAACAAGAGCAAAGGCAGAAGCUUAACCAAGAAUAUUCUCAGCAGUUUCUGACUUUGUUCCAGCAGUGGGAUAUGGAUAUGCAGAAAGCUGAGGAACAAGAAGAAAAACUUGCUAAUCUGUUUCGACAGCAACAAAAGGUUUUCCAACAGUCUAGAAUUGUUCAGAGCCAGAGACUGAAAACAAUUAGACAAUUAUGUGAGCAGUUCAUAAAGAGUAUGGAGGACUUGGAGAAGAAUCAUGAAAAUCUACUUACUGGUGCACAAAAUGAACUUAAAAAAGAAAUGGCUUUGUUGCAAAAAAAAAUUAUGAUGGAAACUCAGCAGCAAGAGAUGGCAAGUGUCCGAAAGUCUCUUCAAUCCAUGUUAUUCUGAUGACUCUUUGAAGGAAGAACUUGAACCUAAGUAAUAUGAUAUAACAUUAGCUAAUAAGUUGUUAGAAUGAUUUAAGAUUAUAGUUUAAAAUAUUACAUCAUAUUAAUCAUUAGCUUAAGUGCAAGACCAUUCUUUUUGUUCACCUCCAAAUAUGAACUUAUGUGAGAAGCAGCAAUCCCUAAAGUAUAUGUACCACUGUGCUUCAGCUCUUUAAUAGUACUAGUGAUAAUAGCAGUAGUGAAUUUUUCUUACAGUUGUCUUUUAACUUUUAGCAAUAAAAAUGAUUUAAUUGCAA